UCCCGCCCCGCCGGCAUUUCCUGCCCAGGGCGCGGGGCUCGGGCCGGCUGCAGCCUGCAGGAAUUUGUCACCGCUUUGUUUUCCGCGCUGUUUUCCGCCGGGAUUUCCCCCCCGCGGCCGAUGUAGCCGCGGGAGCGGGGCCGGGGCCGGUCGGUGACCGCGGCCGGGGGGCUCCGGCCGGCCCCGGGCAGCGCUGGGCUCUCAGUCCGGAGCUGCCGCCGGUCCCGGCGCUGCGCUGGGCUGUGCCCAACUUGUUGACACAACCGAGCUUUGACAACAGCGGGGAACGGCCCCGAGAAGGGGAAAACAUAUUAUUUUUUUAACGCGGACAUUUGCCAGGAGCGCUGCGGAUCGGGCGGUCAUGGAGGGAACCCGGCAGAGCAGGAUCUGCCGCCCGCACAAGAUCAGUGAAUCCUCCAAGGUGUACAGGUGGGAUGACCACUCCAGUCUGGUUCUGCAGAGCCUGAACGAGCAGAGGCACCGAGGCCUCUUCUGUGACAUCGUGCUGGUGGUGGACGAGCAGAGAGUCCCGGCCCACCGGAACCUCCUGGCCGUGUGCAGUGACUACUUCAACUCCAUGUUCACCAUCGGCAUGAGGGAGGCCCACCAGAAGGAGGUGGAGCUUUUCGGAGCCUCCUACAUCGGUCUCAAGGCCGUGGUGGAUUUCCUGUACGGCAGCGAGCUGUCCCUGGACGGAGGGAACAUCGACUACGUGCUGGAGACAGCUCACCUGCUGCAGAUCUGGAAGGUGGUCGACUUCUGCUGCGAGUACCUGGAGAACGAAGUCAGCGAGGAGAAUUACCUGUACCUGCAGGAGCUGGCCUCCAUCUACAACCUGAAGCGCCUCGACUCCUACAUCGACUCCUUCAUCCUGCAGAACUUUGGCACGCUGUCCUUCACCCCGGACUUCCUGCAGAACAUCUCCCUGCAGAAGCUGUGCCAGUACCUGGACAGCAGCGACGUGCAGCAGGAAUGCGAGCAUGACCUGCUGCAGGCCGCCCUGCAGUGGCUGACGCAGUACCCAGAGCGGGAGAACGAGGCUUACCAAGUGCUGGACAACAUCCACUUCCCCUUGAUCCCCAAGGGCGACCUCCUGCACCGAGUGAAGCCCGCCGUGUGCUCGCUGCUGCCCAAGGAGGCCAACUGCGAGGGCUUCAUCGAGGAGGCCGUCACCUACCACAACAGCGUGACGGCGCAGCCGGUGCUGCAGACCAAGCGCACGGCGCUGCGCACCCGCGAGGAGCGCCUGCUCUUCGUGGGCGGGGAGGUGUCGGAGCGCUGCCUGGAGCUCUGCGAUGACACCUGCUUCCUGGACACCAGGAAGGGACAGUGGGUGGCAGAAACGCCGCUGCCGGCGCGGCGGAGCCACCACUGCGUCGCGGUCUUGGGAGGCUUCAUCUUCAUAGCCGGGGGCAGCUUUUCCCGGGACAAUGGAGGGGAUGCGGCGUCCAAUCUCCUAUAUAGGUAUGAUCCCCGCUGUAACCAGUGGAUAAAGGUUGCCUCCAUGAGACAGCGGCGAGUAGAUUUCUACCUGGGAGCCAUCACGGACAUGCUGGUGGCUGUUGGUGGCAGGAAUGAAAAUGGGGCCCUGUCUUCAGUGGAGACCUACAGCCCUCAGAAGGACUCCUGGACCUACAUAGCAGGACUGCCCAGGUUCACCUACGGCCACGCUGGCACAGUCUACAAGGAGUUCGUGUACAUUUCAGGAGGCCACGAUUACCAGAUCGGCCCCUACAGAAAGAACCUGCUGUGCUACGAUUACCGCACGGACGUGUGGGAGGAGAAGAGGCCCAUGAUCACCGCCAGGGGCUGGCACAGCAUGUGCACCUUGCACGACAACAUCUACUCCAUCGGCGGCAGCGACGACAACAUCGAGACCAUGGCUCGGUUUGACAUCCUCAGCGUGGAGUCCUACAGCCCCCAGUGCAACCAGUGGACCAGAGUGGCCCCUCUGCUGCAAGCCAACAGCGAGUCGGGGGUGGCGGUGUGGGAAGGCAAGAUUUACAUCCUCGGAGGCUACAGCUGGGAGGAAGCUGUCUUCUCCAAAACUGUCCAGGUCUAUGAUAAGGAGAAAAAUAAGUGGUGCAAAGGAACGGACUUGCCCAAAGCGAUUGCCGGAGUGUCCGCGUGUGUCUGCGCCCUGAAACCCAAAACAGAGGACAAAAAGAAAAAGAUAAAAACAAAAAAACAUCAAGAUCGAGGAAGAUGACCACCCCUGGAUAGCCACCCUUGGAUGGUGGACUCUGAAGGGACCUUGUAUUUAGACAUUUCUAUCUAACCUUUAUUCUUUUUCUUUUUAAACAGGGUGGGGAGGGCAUAUUCUGAAGCCUCCGAAAAGGUACACUUGAAUGUGGCUUUUGGAUUAAACUCAUGUUUAAGGUAAAAACAACAAAAGAAACCAAAAACUCCCCCUCUUGCUGUACAGAGGGUGAUAUGGCCAGAGAGGUUCCACUGCUCUCCUGAAUGUUAAAGUUUAGGCUUUUCUUUCUGUGGUUCAUGGCAUUUCCACACACAUCGUAUUAUAUCGACAUUUUAAGGAAGUUUUUAAAAACAACUUUUAUACUUUUUUAUACCACAUUUUGCUAACUCAGUCUCUUUUGCCAUAUAUUACAUUGUUGACUAUAGAAGCUGCUGCUCUGUGCUUGUGACCCCAUUGUUGGUGUCAGGAAUUCCUCGUUUGAUGAUCUUUGGUCUCUGUGUGGCUUGGCCAGGGCAUGGUGUAGCUGUUGGAGCAGCACUGCCAUUCCUGGCAUUGUCAGGCAGUCAGCUGGAAUUGGGACUAUUGUUUUCCCUCCAACCAGCCAACUCCAUUCCGUAGUCCAGGCAAAAUCCACUACAAGUUUUCUGGCAUGCCAGGUGAUUCCAUUCUGGAUUCUGACUGAAAUCCAUUCUGGGUUUUUGCUCCAACUGGGCAACUCCAUUCUGGACUCUGGCUGGAAUCAGGUCCGGGUUUUCACUCCAACCGGGUGACUCCAUUCCACAGUCUGGGGGG